UCAGAAAGCUAUUUGGUGUGAAUUGGUCUUGUCUUGUAGUUUGUCGUCAGUUUGUUGACAUAGCCUAAUUUUGUGUGUUAUGUUUGGUGUAAUUUGUCAAUGUAUGAAUAGUCACGAAUGAUUACAUUCCAUUAUUUACAGUUUGUUAAUGCUUCUUAUGAUCACCAUGUUCGCUUCAACAGUCUCGGAGUACCUGAUAACUGGAUGCAGACUAGUACCGGCAGUUUUUUUUAUAAAUUCAAAUGUGCACAAUGGUUAAUAAUUUUUGGACUACUGUAACCGCAAUGGUUUCCCACGGCUUACUUGGAAAGUAUAUUCACAUUACAUGUGUCGUUGCAUUGUAUUGGGUAGUUUCAAUAACUACUGUAUUCAUAAAUAAAACAUUACUGAGUGAUAAUGAACUUGAUGCUCCGUUUUUUGUGAUAUGGUAUCAAUGUCUAACAUCAGUAUUUAUUUGUCUAUCUUUGAAAAACUUUUCAAGAAUAUUUCCUGAACUUGUCUCUUUUCCAGAGGGUUCCCCAUUUGAUAAAGACGUCAUUAAAAAAGUGUUACCUCUAUCUUUGAUAUUUGUUUGUAUGAUUGGAUCAAACAAUCUUUGUUUGAAAUAUGUUGGAGUAGCAUUUUAUUUUGUUGGACGCUCAUUAACUACAGUUUUCAAUGUAAUUUUGACUUUCAUCGUGCUUCGACAAAGAACUUCUUAUCAGUGUAUAACUUACUGUUGUAUUAUAGUCUCUGGCUUCUGGUUGGGCGUCUCUGAAGAACACGAUAUAGGAUCUUUUUCAUUCCUAGGGACAUUUUUUGGAGUUAUGGGUUCGUUAUCUUUAGCUUUCUAUUCAAUCCAUACAAAGACUGUUCUACCUAGUGUAAACAAUCACAUUUGGUUGUUAUCCUACUACAAUAAUACUUAUGCUUGUUUUAUUUUUAUUCCAUUGAUAAUAUUGAAUGAAGAAAUUGGCACCCUCAUGAACUCUGAGAAACUUUUCACUGUACAAUUUUGGAGCAUUAUGACUGCAGGUGGUUUAUGCGGUUUUGCUAUAGGUUAUGUUACUUCUCUACAAAUAAAAGUGACAUCACCACUCACUCAUAAUAUUUCGGGUACAGCUAAAGCUUGUGUUCAGACAGUUCUAGCCACUUACUGGUAUCAGGAGAGUAAGCCAUGGAUGUGGUGGCUCUCAAACUGGAUUGUGCUGUUCGGAAGCGCAGGCUAUACUAGUGCUAAACAAAAAGAAAUGCAAGAAAAAUUCAAGCAAGAAAAGUCACCUUUAAAACCAAUGAAUAAUGUUUAGGCUAACACUAGAGGUUGAUAUUUUCAAAUUUGAAUCUUAGCAUGAAGCAAACCAAUUUUACUACAGGACUUGUCUGAAGCACAAAUUUUCUCUCAGAUAGAUAUAAAAUUUUGUAAAUGUAGUAAACUUAUAUAACUCCUUAGGAUUUGAUAUGGUAAUUCACAUUGCUCCACCAACCUAGAAAAAAAUGAAUAUAGGAUGAGAUGAUCUUGUGUACCAUUGAUAAUUUAUUUAAAUUGCAAUAAUUUUCUGCUUUAGGAGUAUCCGCCAUUACUUUAUCAACAAUAUAUUAGGAUACUUGUACCAAAAUCUAAUAGUUUCUUCAAUGGAGUAGGUUGCACUCAAUUUACUUUUACAUUAAUUAGUACCUAUAAAAUAUAUUAUCAAAUAAUUACUAAACUCAAAUUUCUCGUAAGGCCAUUUUUCAUAAAAGAUUUACAAUUAUUGUUUGUCUCUCUACUUGUUGCAAUAAUAUUAUGGUUGUCUCGUUUAUUAAACACAAACAAUUUAUGGAAAUUUUAUUGUGAUUAGUCUUGAAUGAGAAAUUUAUGAAGUUGCAAUUUGUGUAUGAAACCAUCAAAAUGUGUCAAAUUGAAGAUUACCAUAAUAUAUGUAUUAAUAAACGUAAUGCUAAGCUCACACUUCUUUCUCUAUAUGACCAAUUUUGCACAAAAUCACAUUCAAUGCGAGUGCGGUCUAUCUCUAAGACACCAACUUUUUGAAUUGCAAGAAAACUAAUAAUGCUCAUAAAAAUUCUCAAUAACAUAUCCUUCUGAAAUAAUGUUAAGUUAUGAUUGUAUUUUUUAAAUUACUCUCAUACGGUACUACAAGCAAACCUCUGUUUUAGUUGUAGGCUACCAAACAAUUGACUAAUUCGUGAAAAUUUAUCUGUAAAUUUGAUUUCUCUUAUUUCCAUCACCAACUUUUACUGUAUUUGAAUCUGUGUUUUUCAAUUUUUGAAUUAAUCUCAAAAUAUAUUAAGUUAAUACAAAUUAUCACAGUCAAUUAUCAUUCACUGGAUACACUCUAUAAUCUACUUAUGAUAAAGUAGCCUUUCUUAUCAAAUAUAUCAAUUUAUUCUUUUAAUAUCAUUAUAUUUUUUUUAUUGUCUUGCUUAUAAGUAGAUAAAAAAUCCCAGACGAUUAUAUAAUUAUAAUUGAUCUUGAAUGAUUCAGAUUCAAAUAUGGUGCAUAGUUCCUGACAGGACUGUUAUUUUACUUUUGCUAAUACUUCAAUUUAAUCUGAGGAAGUUCCUGAAUUAAUAUUAGAACAUGAAACAUUUUAUAGAAAAGAUGUACAGUGGCGUAAAAACACUUUCAUACAAACCUAUAAAAUCUUAGUUGGAAUAAUGUUUUUUCUAGAAUGAAGUUAAUUUAAAAAUUGUUAUCAACACACUCAUAAUGUUCAAAGUAAAUCUUUUUAAUUUGCCAUACCAAACGAUCAUUCAUUUUGGAUGUGUAGAUUAACAAAUUUUGACUUGCAUUCCAUGUAUGGUGAGGGAUGUAUUAUAAAUAUUUUGAAAUUUCUAUUGAAAAGACACACCCUUUUUUAACUGAACACAAAAUUUAUUUCAAAUAUUUAUUCAUUUUUCAAUUAGCGUAGCAUUUAUAUUGCUCAAAAAU